AUGGGUAAGAUGGUUCCGUUUGGCGCCAUGUCAGAAACAUCUUCAAUAUUUCCAAAACACGUAAACAGUAAUCCUGAAGGUGAAUUUUCUCAUUCACAUCGGAGUGCACUGGCAUUUUGCCGUAAAGCUAGGGUCUCAGUACCUUCAUCUCUAAAUGCAAUAAAGCAGUAUAUGACAUCCACUACGGCAUCGGCGUCGCCGACACAAAUGCCAAGAUAUAGGCGAUACCUCUGCUCAAUCACUGCGGCAAAAAUACCCGUGCGUGGCUCAAUCAAGGAGGCUUUCACCCAAGUGGAGGAUGCGUAA